AUGGAGGAGGUGCGGGAAGGACCGGAGCUCGGCGGCGGGAUGGACGAACCCGUGAGCCCCCAGGAGCCGGCGUCGCCUCCCCCGCCUCCGUCGCCGCCUUCGCCCGCGGCCCCCGAGACCCCCGGGCUCCCCGCGCCCGAGUCGCCAACCGAGGCCCACGCGCGGCAGCUGCUGCUGCAAGAGUGGGCGCCGCCGGGAGGGAGCCUGGAGCUGCCCCCGCGCCUCACCUGGAAGCUGCUGUUCCUGCGGCGGCCGCUCUACCGCAACCUGCUGCGCUCGCCCAACCCCGAAGGCAUCAACAUUUAUGAGCCAGCUCCCCCUACCGGUCCCACCCAGCAACCCCUGGAGGCUCUGGGCAAUUUCCGCGGCUGGCACAUCAGGACUGAGAAACUCCAGCAGAACCUCAGCUGGACGGUGAAGCAGCAGUGCGUGGACCUUCUGGCCGAGGGCUUGUGGGAGGAGCUCCUGGACGAUGAGCAGCCGCGUAUCACGGUCAUGGACUGGUUCGAGGACAGCCGACUGGACGCGUGUGUGUAUGAGCUGCACGUCUGGCUGCUGGCCGCUGACCGCAGCACAGUCAUCGCCCAGCACCACGUGGCCCCCCGCACCUCCGGGAGAGGCCCUCCCGGCCACUGGAUCCAGGUGUCCCACGUAUUCCGCCAGUACGGCCCCGGCGUCCGCUUUGUCCACUUCCUGCACAAGACCAAGAACCGGAUGGAGCGUGGUGGGCUGCGGCGGACUAGGGUGACCGACUCUUCUGUGUCUGUGCAAUUCCGGGAGUGAUUGGCUGACCCUGGGCCCCUCCUGACCUCUUAUAUGAUGAUACAAGAUACCAACCCCUCAGCGACUUCUUAUUCCCUUAUCACUUCUGAUAUCUUAGCAUCUCUCUGAUCGCCUAGCAGCUCCCUAAGCCUUAGAAGUCCCUAACCCUUAGUACCUCCUGACCCUUAGGCUCCACCAUGUUCCCUGAGCAUCCCCCUUCUCCCUUUAUACCCUCCUGUCCCCUUGGCUGCUCCGGGAUCACAUACUACCUCCUAUGCCCUGUAAUCCUGCCUGGCCCUUGGCUUCUCAGCUGCAUCUUCACACAUCUUUGAAUGUCUGUCUUGCUGGCAUCUUUGCUGCACUCUCUUCAUGAGGGCAGUGGCCACUUCUUCCUGAGUCAGUGCUUGACAAGAUAAUAGGGGCUCAAUAAACCUUUGUUGACUGAAUGAAUAAAUACAUGUGCCCAAGGAA